AUGGAUGCUGAGCAACAGGAGAAGCUGAAGCAGCUGAAGGAGAUUACACAAUACCCGGAUGAGGACAACGACAAGGUGUUGAGGUUGCUCCGGGUGACCAACUGGAACUUGGAGACGGCAAUUUCCAGGUACUUCGAGAAUGAUUUCCCCAGUUUGGUGGACGAUUUAGCAGAUAUAGCACCCAGUCACCAGGAUAUACCGAGCAAUGUGGUGGAUUUCAGAGAGAGAAUGGACAGAAACUUUGGAUUGAUAGACCAUUUAGAUCUGGCCCCCAAGCUGCCCAAGGCCAUCCAGAUUGCGAACAACUGGAGAUUUCAGGCCGGCAUAUACUCCCAGCAACAGCAGCAGGUUUUGGUUCCGAGGAGACAUCCGGUUUUCUUUGUGCUGUUAUUGGUACCGAGGUUGUUCUUCUUUCUGUCGAUUACUCUGGGUGGUUGGUUGCACAGGCUACUAUGGAAGCUGAUAGGCAUAAGCAAUGGCCCGAACGAUUUCCCGGCCAAACCGAGAUAUUAUCAGUAUGCAUUGGAGGAGAAAGAAGGUGAAUCUACAGGGUCGUACACCAGCUUUAAGCACUAUCUGGAAUCAGUGUUGGGAGAGAGCUCUGAUCUCAAGAUAUUCGAAGGCGAAUUCAACGAGGCAUUUAACACGGCCAAGACCGAGGUGAAAUGGUUGCUGGUUGUUCUGGUGAACUCCGAGUCUGAGGAAUCUUCCAAAUUUAUCAAGAAAUACCUGAACAAUGAGGCUUUCAUCAGGUUCAUCAACGAGCGUGAUGUUCUGUUGUGGUGCGGUGAUGUCUCAUAUGCUGAAGCGCAUGAGGUUGGUAGAACCUAUAGAGUUCCUUUUCUUCCAUUUUCAUGUCUCAUAGCCAAUGCAUCCGCGACCGGGCAAACUAUGCCUCUGAUGUCCACGAUCGCGAGGUUUCAAAGCUUCAAAGGCCUGGAUGAUCCUAGGAAAUUGACCAAGAAGCUGGGCAAAGUGAUGGAUAAUUUCGAGCCCCAGCUGGUCGCUCAACGAUAUGAUAAGCAGGAGGCAGAGUUGUCACGCUUGAUCAGACAGCAGCAGGAUGAAGCAUACGAACAGUCUUUGCUGAAGGAUAAGCAACGAACACAGGAAAAAAGACAGAAAGAGGAGUUUGAACGACAGGAGCUUCUCAGACUCCAGCAAAGAGAUAUAUACUUCAAACUUGGUGCAAUAAAGCUACUGGAGCGUACCGACUCUGAUUGGGUCAAAGGGGAAUACACGAGGCUCCAGAUACGGAACAACGAAGGUUUGAGGGUGCUACAGAAUUUCGCAAAAGAUGAAACAUUGUACGACGUUUACAAAUUUGUUUCCACAAAGAUGUAUAUAAGCCAGGCUAUGGCUGAGGAGGGCUUCAAGGAUGAGCAGGAGUUGAUCAACAAGUUCGAAGAAGAACUAUCCUUACUGGAUGUCACAGUGGUUGAUGGCUACGAGCAUCAGUUUGAGUUUGAAUUGAUUUCACCUUUGCCAAAAUACAACCUGAAACCAGACAAAUCUACCAAGGUGGCCGAAGUCAAGGCGAUAUGGCCCAAUGGAAAUAUUCUUGUUGAAUCGCUAGACGCAGAUGAUGAUUAG